AUCUCCUAUCAUCUAACACGAGUGCGGUUCUACAAAUACCAAAGAUCAAAGUCAAACAACCACUCCACCUUUCAAAGCAUAUCCACAAUCCAUCAAACCAACCCAUCCAUCGACGGACUUUUAUCCACCAAACCAAAACAACACCAACUCAACAUCACUAUGCCCGUACCCAUGCCUUCAAACUCUUCCUCGGAGAAAUCCGAAUCCACUACUCAACAGCAAUCGUCAGCUGCAGCCCAGGCAAUUCAGGAUGUAGGGCGUGCGGCGAAUGAGGCGUUGGCGCAGGCUGGAAUCGCUGGUAAUGGGCAGCCGGGACAGCAGGGACAGGGGGAGAAGAGUGAGGCGGAGAAGGAGGCGGAGAGGAGGUAUGAGGAGGCUAUUGAGGAGGAGUAUGCUAAGAGGGAGGGUGGUGCUUAGAUGGAUGGAGAUGGAAAGGAGACAAGGGGAUCGAGGAGGACGGAGGGAGGAGAGGAAGGGUAAGGAGGGAUGGGGGAUGGUAAAUAUGGGAUGAUAUGGGCGACCAGAAAUGAGAUAGUAAUUUUACUAGUUUUACAUAGAGAUAUGACUAUCUGGUGUAUAUCAUCCUCAAGCAAUCCUUAGGCUAAAAUUGUCCUCAAUGACAUCGAGAAUAAAGGACCAAGCAUGUUGCCAAUUCAACGAACACCGCCCUCUAC